UACAUGAGCCACAGGUUGCCUUGUCUGAACAGCAGACAUACCACAUCUAGUUGAGUUGUCAUAUCCGUGUUGAAUGUGUAUGACACUAAAGCCACACAGAGGGUAUUCUGUCUACAGCCAUGGAGGUAACGUUAACUGCUUCUGUCAUCAUGCUGGUCAUCACGCUGAGUCAUUCAAGGAGGAGCGAUGUUUACGCGGUGGGGAAAGACAACUUGUCCAUCAGGAAAUGACGUCAUGUAUAAAGGAUUUGCAGGAGGAAGUCACUUCGAGGCCAGAGGUGGACCAGGGACAACUCUGUGCCUCCCUGAGUCACCGAUCUAUGUCAGACACUCCACAGCAGGAUCACAGAGUUAUCUAUAUGGUACUGAGUAUCGACCAAAUGCAGCCACAGAUCCCCUACAAAAAAUGGUCUUACACGAUGUCCCUUGUGUUGUGUGCCGCAGUCGUCACAGGAGGAGUGCUGUCAUGGUCCCUGCCAGGAAUGCCUGCUUCCCUGAGUGGCAUCUGGAAUACAAGGGGUACCUCUUUGGGGGAGCCACUACACACACAGGGUCAAGUGAUUACGUGUGUGUAGAUGAAGAUCCAGAAUCUGUCCAGGGAGGCCAUGAGAACAAAGAAGGGCAUCUCUUGUACCCGGUGGAGUCCAAGUGUGGUUCUCUACCAUGUCCCAAAUAUGUUGAUGGCUGGGAGAUGACAUGUGCAGUUUGUACGAAAUAAAUCACGCACUGUACACAUC